AUGUCACUGCGUUCGAAUUUCGCGAGAUUCCUCGCGUCGUUGCGACGAUGUCGCGCGGAUGUCGCGCGGGGAAAAUGGGAGUAUCGUCGGCGAUGCUUCCGUACGGCGUUAACGCGUCUCCGUAACGGCAAUCUCGACGACGCCAACGAUCAUAACUUCGCCUCCGCGACCACCACGCUCUCCCGCAAUCCGCGCAUUAAGAUUCGCGAGCCGCAAACGAUCGGGUCUGCCGACGAAGGAGACGACGGGGAGCCGAAGAGCGGAGUCUUCCUGGAGGAGCUGCGAGAGACGGUUUUAAUAUUGGCGAGAAUCGUGAUCGUAAGCUCGGUCGUCACCACCCUGAUCGCCGCGUAUCUGAUAACGCGUUUGACGCACGCGAAUCUGUUUCCCACCGCUCUGCGAACGGGUAUAGAAUUUCUCGGACCAAUUUUCGUCAAGUUCGGCCAGUGGAUAUCGACGCGGAGAGACAUCUUCUCGCGGGAUAUCUGCGACACGCUCUCGAGACUGCAGCGAGACGCGACGCCGCAUUCUUGGCUUUACACGGAACGCCUGCUCGAAGCCACGUACGGCUCUUCCUGGCGGGACUUGUUUGCGAAGUUUGAUGACGAGGGAUUGAUCGGCUCGGGAUGCUGCGCACAGGUGUACAAAGCGUGGAUCGACUUGAAUGCGGUGGCACGAAAGUCUCGGAUGUCGCGUUCCGUGGAAAAUAAAGCUUUCGACGAAAGCGAUGAGUUCGCAUCUACCAGUACACGUGCCAGGAAAUUGCAAGCCGUAGCAGUAAAAGUGUUGCAUCCCGGAAUCAAAGGCCAACUCAAGAGAGACAUCGCGAUAAUGCGCGGCCUUUCCAAGUGCGCCAUGUACUUCGUACCGGAACUGCAUUGGCUCAGUCUCACGGAUUGCAUCGACGAAUUCGCGCGCAUAAUGGAAGACCAAGUCGACAUGCGACUGGAGGCUGCCAAUCUCGCGAGAUUUUCAGCGAAUUUCUCGACACGGAACGAUAUCGUGUUUCCGUAUCCUUACAUGCACUUGACCCGUCGUAGGAUACUCGUGGAGAGUUUCCACGAGGGCACACCGAUAUCCAAUUACCUCGAACAUGACGACGCUGCUUUGCAGAGGAAACUCGCCAGAAUAGGAAUCGCGACGAUCUUUAAAAUGAUAUUUAACGACAACUUUAUCCACUGUGACCUGCACCCGGGGAAUAUUCUAGUCGAAAAAGCGGUCGUGCCGAAGGCGGGCCUGUUUAACACCUUUCGACGGGUCAUUAACCCCGAUUACGUGGUGGACGGCCCACGCUUGAUCAUACUGGACUGUGGCCUAGUGGUAUCGCUGAAUGAUCGCUGCCGACAAAAUCUCCGAGAUGUUUUUUACUCGGUGCUAAUGGGGAACGGCGAAAUGGCAGCGCAGUAUAUCCUGGAGCACAGUUCGUACAUGACCCCCGAUCCAGAUGGUUUCAGACGCUCGAUGAGGAACAUUGUGAAAUUUCAUCUUCGAAAUCCAUUUAACGUAAACGUGAGUACCGUUGUGUCGGAAUUAUUCUCCGCAAUGGUCCGUCAUCGAGUCAAGCAGGACGGAUCCUUUAGCGGCGUGAUUCUCAGCAUGCUGGUAAUCGAGGGUCUCGGUCGAUGCCUGGAUCCAAACAUCGAUAUUUUCGCGGAGAUUCUACCCUUCAUUCUCAAUAGCAUCUACAACGAUUCUAAGUAAAAUAUUUUUUUUAACGAUUUUAAAUAAAAAAAAUCAAUAUUUAACAGUUUUGGAAGAUUUUCCGUAUAAUAUAAUAUAAUCAUAAAAUAUUUGUUGCACAUUGUAUCUUUGUGUUAUUAUAAUCAAGCGAGUAAGAAUACAAUUUUGCAGAUUUUGGAAGGAAUCUCGGACGAAUUUCACACAAGUUUAAUAACGCCACGUAUGAAAUGAUUCGCGAGGAGAGAUGGAAAGGAAAAGGAUUCCUGUCCAUUUUUUUUUUAACGAUCCAUCGCGCCGCAUAAUCACCUCCGACAGAAUUCCGGCGAGUGACCAGUUGUCCGUGAUCUCUUCCUGGUUGGUCGACCAGAUUUCUUCGGCGCGAUCGCACACACGUGCGUAUACGCGUGAACUCCUGAUGUCUAUUCCCGCCGUUCUCGUACUCACGAAUUAUACGUAUAGAUUUAUUUCGCUCGGUGAAUGGGAGUUGAGACUUCAUUUCUUUUUCUACAAAAAUCGAAUGAUUUAUGGUGAUAUCACACGCGGCAAUUUCGUACAUACCGAGAAUGGCCGCUUAAGAAACUGUUGACCCCGCGUACAUUCGACGAAACAUUAAGAUCGCAUCUCACAAAUUAUCAACAGUUUAUUCGAGUAUAAUGAAUGAGGCGGACAAAAAAAUAUACAUCUCUUUAAAUAUGGGUCUUAAAACUAGAUCUUAUCUUCUAUUUUGAAUUUUUUCUUUUUAGUUUAUACUUAAUUUCAGUUUAUAUUUAAUUUUUUAUUUAUUCAUCCUUCAUCCUUCGCUAUAUUUUUAGACUUAAUUUUUUAUUCAUUUAUUCUUCAUCGUUUUACAUUCUCAUUUUUUAUUCAUGCCGAAGAGGCAACGUCUUCAUUAAAUUGAACAUAGCUUUGCGAAAUGGCCAAUCACAUUUGUCACUUUCGGAAUCUUGAUUCUUGCGGAAUCUUCUUAAAGUAGAAAAUGUAUAAAAAUAUAUUCUGUGGAUAUUAUGGGAUUAUGUUUCUCUUUUUACGUAAGAUAUUCAAUAGAAUAAUCGUAUUUCUCUUCUCUUUCUUCCGGGAUAAAUUAAAAAUAGAUAUGUCGGUUGACGUAGUUCAUUAAAAUUCUAAGCAAUCUGGUAUGAGAAAUCAAACGUGAUUCGUUGCGAUAGAUUAAAAGAUUGAGCGAAGGCCAAAUUUUUAGAUUUAGUGUGUUGCUAGAUCAUCUUUGAAAAAUUAACGAAUUUUUUUAGUCCAGUCUUUAGUAUAAUCAGUUCUAUAUUUGAUGAAAAAAACCGAUCUCAUUUUCUUGUUAUAAAAAAAUUAUAAAAAAAUAGAUUUGAUUUUACUGUAUAAAAUUAAUUCGACAUGAAUUAAUAAUUGGACAUCAGUUAAGAGUUAAUUUCGAGAAUCAAUUUCUUGGCAAUAUUCGAAUCGAUAUUUUUCUCUUAUUUUCGAUCUCAAUCUUCA